AUGGACUUCCCAACUCCGAGAAAUAUCACCGAUGUCAGAUCUUGGUUCGGUUUAGUAAACCAAGUAUCGUAUGCUUUCAGCAUGACAGACAAAAUGCUACCAUUCCGAGAGUUAUUGAAACCAGGUACACCGUUCAUCUGGGAUGUCAAUAUUAAUGCACUCUUCGAGGAAUCUAAAACUGCCAUUAUCAAUGAAAUUGAAGAAAGCGUGCGAAUCUUUGACAAGACAAAACCUACAUGUCUCGCCACUGAUUGGUCGAAGUCAGGAAUCGGGUUCUGGCUGUUCCAGAAACAUUGCAACUGUCCGGACAACCAGCCAUUUUGUUGUCGCACCGGUUGGAAGGUAACACUUGUCGGGAGUAGGUUCACGCAUGCAGCUGAGUCUCGAUAUGCACCAGUGGAAGGUGAAGCGUUGGCAGUUGUCGAUGCUCUUGAUAAAGCAAGAUACUUUGUUCUUGGGUGUGACGCUCUUGUAAUAGCAGUUGACCAUAAACCCCUGUUAAAAAUAUUUGGUGACAGAUCAUUGGAGGACAUUUCUAACUCACGUCUCAGAAACUUGAAAGAAAAGUCCCUCCGCUAUCGAUUCCGCAUGAUUCAUAUUCCAGGGGUCAAGCAUCUCGCUGCAGAUGGAGUAUCACGUCAUCCAACCGGAAAAUCUGAAAAGCUUUCGCUUCAAGAUGAUAUUGCAUCAAUUAACAAUGUACCUUCUCUGAGACAUGUUCUCCUACCUACAUUGCCAUCAACAUAUUCUAUUCUCAAUGACAAUGAUGUGGAUACCUGUAUCUCUGCUUCAGCCGUAUGCUCACUUGACUCACUUGCCUUGAAAGCAGUCACCUGGGACAGAGUUCGCACUGCCACAAGUAGUGACGAUAACAUGCAUGAACUCCUCAACCUUAUAGAAUGCGGAGUACCUGAGUCUCGCAAAGAAUUUCCUGCACAUCUUCGUGAGUAUUUUCAAUUCCGUGAGCAUCUCUACACAGUAGAUGGUGUAAUACUAUACAAGGAUCGUGUAGUUAUUCCUCCAGCUCUCAGACAAGAAGUUCUUGCAGCUCUUCAUUCAGCACAUCAAGGAAUUACCUCCAUGGUAUCGCGAGCAGAGUCCUCCGUGUUUUGGCCAGGGAUCAGACCUGCUAUAACAACCCUUAGAGCUGGAUUUAUAGUUGAUCGAUACUCGAACUGGCCCAUAGUUGAACGAUCUUCGAAUGGUGCAGAGGGCCUUAUUACUUCACUACGCCGAACAUUUGUGACAUUUGGGAUUCCGGAUGAAUUGACAUCUGAUGGCGGACCUGAAUUUACGGCAACAACAACCAGACAAUUCUUAAAAGAUUGGGGAGUCCAUCACCGCCUUUCCUCUGUGGCUUUCCCACACAGUAAUUGCAGAGCUGAAAUAGGUGUCAAAACUGUCAAGCGUCUAAUAGCCGACAACACAGGUAGAAACGGGGAUCUCAACACCGAUGCAUUUCAACGUGCGAUGCUCCAGUACAGGAACACACCUGACAGAGACACUAAGUUAUCUCCUGCUACAUGUGUAUUUGGUCAUCCCAUCAGAGACUUCAUUCCUGUUCCGCCCGGCAGGUACCGUCCCCAUAACACAUGGAAGGAAACACUUGAUGCAAGAGAGGAAGCUUUAAGACAUCGCCACCUUAAACAGGGAGAGCGCUUAUCGGAGCACACUACAAGACUACUCCCACUCUCUGUAGGCGAUAGGGUUCGCAUCCAAAAUCAAACAGGACAUCACCCUCUUAAAUGGGAUAAAACUGGCGUUAUCAUAGAAGUUCGCCAAUUCGACCAAUACGUCGUUAGAGUUGAUGGCUCUGGUAGGGUCACACUAAGAAACCGAAAAAUUUUGAGACAAUAUGUGCCUGUCAGAAGUAUGCUAGAAGUCCGUACAAUUAAGGAUGAUGAAACUUGGAAUCAGUUUGUACCUGUUGUCGGCCCUCAGACAACUAAAGCGUCUGAGACCAUUGUGAAACACAACCAGGACACUAUUCCAACAACGCAAAUUCCGAACACAUAUUGUACCCUCCCAUCAACCACUUUACCUUCACCAAGUGGUCACACCCAUAACACUCAUUUGGAUGUUGAGGCCCCGGAAUGCCUUCCGACUGAUAUCGGCAACACCAAAAAUCAUCCAGCUGAGAUCCCACCUCCCAGUGAUAGCACAAACUCUCCAUCACAGGUCACCUCCAUGCCAAAUUUGGAGCAACGCAAAUCUAGUCGUACCCGUCAACCGCCAACAUGGCACCGUGGUUUCGAGAUGAACUAG